AUGCUGGGGUUGAUGUUCCGGGGCCGGGGCGGGGGUCCGGCCCCGCCCGCCCCCCGGGGCGGCUUCUUCAUCGACCGCGACGGGCAGGCCUUCCGCUACGUGCUGAACUUCCUGCGGCUGGGCCGGCUCGCCCUGCCCCGGGGCUACGGGGAGACGGCCCUGCUGCGGGCCGAGGCGGACUUCUACCGGAUCGGGCCGCUGCUGGACGCCCUGGCCGAGCUGGACGGCCCCGGGGCCCGGGAGGGCGCGGCCGCCCUGUGCCUGUUCGACCUGCAGGCCGCCCCGCGCCUGGUCCACUUCUCGGCCCGCCGCGGCCCGCACCACUACGACCUGGGCGCCGAGCUGCUGCACGUCUACACCGCCAACCUCUUCUGCACCGACCCGCUCUGCCUGGCCGAGCUCCGGGCCCGCUUCGGGGGAGGCGGGGGAGGAGGAGGAGGAGGAGGAGGAGGAGGAGGAGGAGGAGGAGGGGACCAGGCCGCCGCCCCCGGGGCCCCCCACCUCCGCCUGGAGUGGGCCCCCAGGCCCGAGGCCCUGCCCGCCGCCGAGUACCGGCGGCUGGGGCUGGGCCCGCUGCGGACCCAGCCCGACGGCAGGGAGGUCACCGGCAGGGCGGCCUUCCUGGAGGAGGUGCUGCAGGUCGCCCUGGGCCACGGCUUCCGCCUGGACUCCGUCUUCCCCGACCCCGAGGACCUGCUCAACUCGCGCUCCGUCCGGCUGGUCCGACAGUGAGCCCGGACGCCCGA